GAGCGCAGGAGGCAGAAGAAACGGAUCCAGGUAUCAAGGUUUUUUUUCUUGUUUUGUUUUGUUUGCUUUUUACGGUUUUGUAACCGUCAGCGGUGGCGCCGGAAUGGGAACGGACAGCCGCCGACUUAUGUUCACGGCGCCGCUCAGAGGAGGUGAGCGAUCUCACCAAGGAGGAGAAGGCGGUGGCUAAGUACCUGCGCUUCAACUGUCCCACCAAGUCCACCACCAUGAUGUGCCAAAGAGUCGACUACUUCACUGCCUCCAAGGCGGUGGACUGCCUGCUGGACUCCAAGUGGGCCAAGGCCAAGAAAGGAGAGGAAGCGCUCUUCACCAGCAGAGACUCUGUGCUGGACUACUGCAACAGACUCCUGAAGAAGCAGUUCUUCCAUCGCGCUCUCAAAGUGAUGAAGAAGAAGUCUGAGAAAGACGUCAGGAAGGACAAGAAGCCCAAAGGUGACAGCGGCAAAGAGGAGGAGAAAAAGGCAAAGAAGGAGAAGAACAAGAAGAAGGAGGCAGACACCGGCGGCGAAAGCAAGAAGGACAAGAGCGACGACAGCCCGGGAAGCCCCAAAAAGAAGAAAGAGGUGAAGAAGAAGUUCAAGCUGGAGCUGCACGAGGAUCAGCUGUUCCUGGAUGGCAACGAGGUGUACGUGUGGGUUUACGACCCCGUUCAUUUCAAGACCUUCGCCAUGGGGCUGAUCCUGGUUAUUGCUGUCAUCGCCGCCACGCUCUUCCCUCUGUGGCCGGCGGAAAUGCGCGUGGGUGUUUACUACCUGAGUGUCGCCGCUGGAUGCUUCGUGGCCAGCAUUCUGCUCCUCGCUGUCGCUCGCUGCAUCCUCUUCCUGUUCAUCUGGCUGGUGACGGGCGGCCGCCAUCACUUCUGGUUCCUCCCCAACCUGACGGCCGACGUGGGCUUCAUCGACUCCUUCUGCCCGCUCUACACCCACGAGUACAAGGGCCCGCGGGGCGGCACCAAGAAGGGCAGUAAGGACGGCGGUGGCGGCGGUAGCAACGCGGCCCAGAAAUCAGACAGCGACGACAAGUCCGACAGCGAGAAAAAGGACGAGGAAGAGGAGGAGGACGAAGAGGAGGACGGCAAAGAGGCAGGGCUAGAGGAGCACAAAAGCGGCGAGGAGGGAGCGGAACGCCACUCGGACACUGACAGCGACCGCAGGGAAGACGAAGGCUCGCAGCACAGCAACGGUAACGACUUUGAGAUGAUCACCAGGGAGGAACUGGACCAGCACACGGAGGAGGAGGAGGAGGAGGAGGAGGAGGAGGAGGAGGAGGAGGAGCAGCAGCAGCAGCAGCAGAAAGGAGGGGACGGCAUUGACACUGAAACAUAAACAUCCUGUCACUCUCUCCACUUUUCUCUUCCUCCUUCCCGAUCCCACUGAACUUCCACCUCACAGCACCAGACGCUGCCGCCGUGUGCGUUCAAGUCUUAGACUGGACUUCCUGCCCCCGAAAAAUGAAAAGAUGGUGUUUGAGCUCGUCUCCGGUUGACCUGAAGCGGCCUGGUUUGAUUCAUGUCUCCACGCAAGGUCCGACACGGACUGUGACUGAAUGGUGAAGUCUCCCGUACCGCUUUUUUUUUUUUUUUUUUUUCUUUCACGGCCUCGCAUCCCCCCCAGGAAGCACCACAGGGACCAAACUUAGUGUGUCAUUUCAAACAGCAACUUGGGGGCGUUUGGGGAGCAGAAGAGCGGCUGCGGUGGGCCAGGUACGGGUGUGCGCUGGAGCAGCUGUGGAGUUUCAAGGUGCCACAAACGCUACGACCGUGACGUCUGGCGUCCCGACAAGGAGCACAGUGGAAGUUUUGGAUCAUCCUUUUAGCUUCUUUUUCAAAGUAUGAAUCAUUUCUAUUUGAGAAGAGAAUGAAUUCUGCAUACCAUGUUUGCCAACUGACGUUAUCUUUACUGCUUUAUGUCCCGCUAAGGAAGCUGGGGGAGUUUAGUAUUAAUUUAUUCCACACUUGUUUUUAAUAUCAUUUGUCUGGUUCGUAGUUUAGUUUCUUCUGGCGUCUCGCUCUGCUUUGUUGGCUGUUGUACAACGUAGUGAUACCAUCUUCUAUCUCCGUCUUUGUGCUGCUGCCGCUCGUCACACGGGGGGGUGGGAAUACGUACCAGUGAAAGUUGUAGACGUCAACGUUCCUUCUGUCUUCUAGUUGUCCAACACGGGCGUCCCCCCAUGCAAUACUCAAGAGUAUAUUUCAGUACAAGUAUUGGAUGUGUGGAAGUGUCUUACUGCAAUAAAAAGGUAGAACGUGA